ACUGGAGCAUAUUAUUGAAGAUCAUCAGAAUACCAACUACGAUGAUGAUGAUAAUAGUCCACAGAAAAAGGAUUUUGUUGACAUAUUGCUAUCAUUUUUGGAUCAACCCAUGGAUCCUGAUGAAGAACAACACAAACACGUUCUGACAAGAAAUGACAUCAAGGCUGUUAUGAUGGACAUGAUUGGUGCAGCAUAUGAAACAUCAACUUCGGCAAUUGAAUGGGUUAUGUCAGAGCUACUAAAGCAUCCUAAUGUGAUGAAGAAACUUCAACACGAGAUACAACAUGCAGUCGGAGGAAUUAACAAACAAGUUGAAGAGAAUGAAAUAGAGAAUAUGCCUUAUUUGGAUAUGGUUGUGAAAGAGACCUUAAGAUUAUACCCAGUUGCACCUUUGUUAGUGCCUCAUGUGUCUCGAAACGACGUCGUUAUUGAAGGUUAUUACAUAAAAAGAAAUACACAAAUCAUAAUAAACGCAUGGGCAAUUGGAAGGGAUCCAAGAGUUUGGUCAGAAAAUGCAGAGAAGUUCUAUCCAGAGAGAUUCGAACAUGAUAAUGUAGACAUUCUUGGAGGUGACUUUAGAUUCAUACCAUUUGGUUCUGGUCGAAGAGGGUGCCCUGGAGCUCAAUUGGGAUUUGCAACUAUCAAGUUUGUUGUGGCUCAGUUGGUGCAUUGCUUUAACUGGCAGCUCCCUUUUGGCAUGUCUUGUGAUGAAUUAGACAUGAAUGAAACAUUUGGCGUCACUAUACCAAGAACUACACACUUGCUAGCUAUUCCAACUUUUAGGCUAAUAGCUGAAGCUGCUAGUGAUAAAGAAUAAUGCUGAUAAGAACUUUUUUUUGGCUCAUUUAUUUAAUACUCGCUCGUUGUCUAGUUAAGUAAUUUAUUGUGAGACUAAGAUAAAUUAUAUC